CAGCCAGGCUUCUUCAAGCCUACUGCGGAGCUGCCUGACCUAAAACAACCACAGCGUAUUUCACUUGCGGAUAAUUUCGUUCCGUACAGACCCAACCAUGGCCCUAAAAGCAGAAGACUGAGGGUUCCCGAGUGGUCUGUGCCUUGGUCUUGGCUGAGGAGCUGCAGAUUUAACAGCCGCUUGUCAGGCAAUAUUGUCGGCAGCCUCUAAGAGGAAAGCCCCAGGUCCUCAAGUGACAGCAGGAGACGUGGACCCUCUGAGAGUAAGGAAGCGAGGGCCGCGGCUUUGGCUGAGGAGACUGCCAAGAAUUGAACUGUCUGAGGGAUCCGAGCAUCGCCGUGAGGCUCCUUUAAGUCCAGCCACGGCCUCACUAUGUCGAAAGUUUCUUUUAAGAUCACGCUGACCUCGGACCCGCGGUUGCCGUAUAAAGUACUCAGUGUUCCUGAAAAUACUCCUUUCACAGCAGUACUAAAGUUUGCUGCAGAAGAAUUUAAAGUUCCUGCUGCAACAAGUGCUAUAAUUACAAAUGAUGGAAUAGGAAUAAAUCCUGCACAGACUGCUGGGAAUGUUUUCCUAAAGCAUGGCUCAGAACUACGAAUAAUUCCUAGAGAUCGUGUUGGGAGUUGUUAAUUUCAGCUGUAGGGAAAGUUACCAUCAUAUUUCCAAAUAAACAUUAGUAUUUAUUUUGUAACAUUGCA